GUUCGUCUGACUUCUAGUUAUCCUUUGCGAGCACCUGGAGGUACCCGCCUAACCAAGUAGAUUCUGGUGUUAAAAAACUAGUCAAAAAGUGUUCUUAUGAUUAAAAUGUGUUGUUUAUUGGAUAUUCAGGAGUUUGAUUAUAUCUAUUAAAAACAAAUAUUUAGCCUAAAUUACAGAAAGAACAACACAUCUAAUUUCCAAAAAUGGCUAGUGAAUUGGAAAUAGGCGACUCCAGAGUGGAGUUUAUGGCCGACUAUGUACUCAAGACAUUGAAACUUAAAGGUGACAAAUGGACCAAGAUGUACAGUUUAGAUGAAAACAAACAGUUAUUUAUGGAUUAUUUUGAAAAACAAGAUUUGAGUACAUUAGUCAUCAUUGCAACGGCUGCCGGAGCAUUGGUGGUACAAUAUGAAUGGCCAACAAACCCAAAGGCUAAAGCCUGUUACUUUGUUAAGCGUUCUAGGGAACCAAUCCUUAAAGAUACGGUUUUAAGAAAUGCUUUACUUUUCGGAGACUUAUGUACAUCACCACUAGAUCAGUUUCAUUCAUUUGUUGAUGAGGUCCUUGAGCCAAUACUGACCAAUGACCGUAACCACAGCCAAUGGCCAAAAGUUGUAUCUCAGGACGUCACACGACAUGUCCACAAUCUAAAGAGCAAUGUCUAUGUUGUGUCAGGCCAAGCUAAAGGAAAAACUCUCUUGCCUCUUCCAGUUGGUGCUGAGAGAGUUGAUGGUGUGGGUGAGGGAGAAAAAGAGACAUAUGAGCGUAGUUUGGUGCAUGCCAUAGAGUCUGUAAUAAUCGAAUGGACUCACCAGAUCAGGGAUGUGCUUAAAAGAGACUCUGUACAGCCUUUAUUGGAAGGUUUAAAUCCUUCUCCAUUUGUUGAGAUCAAAUUUUGGGAAAACAAAGCACAAAACCUUGAGUGCAUUUAUGAACAACUCCGUGACCCAAAAGUGAGAAAAAUGGCUGAAUUACUGGAGAGGGCUAACAGCAGUUACUUCCCUUCCUUCAAAAAUAUUUUCCGUGAUGUUGUUGCAGCAUUAACUGAAGCACAAGAUGUUAACAUGCAUUUGAAGCCCCUUCGUCAUCAGCUAGAGGAUUUAGAGCAGGCAGAGUUUGAUGAAUCAGGGAAAUUAAUGGCACCCAUCCUAAACACAGUCUGUCUGAUAUGGUCCAAUUCAGAUUAUUACAACACCCCCGCCAGAGUGAUCGUCUUGCUUCAAGAAAUCUGUAACAUGAUUAUUGAUAUGGCAAGAAAUUUCCUUGCACCAGAAGAGAUCUUUAAAGGUGAAGUUGAGGAAAUAUUUGGGAAAGUUGUAAAAGCUUGUGAAGUUCUGAGUAAAUUCCGCUCCUCCUAUGAUGAACACAAGGCCAAGUUGAACACUUACUUUAAAGAUGGCAAGAAGCCACUGGAGUGGGAGUUUGCUCCUGAACUUGUUUUUGCUCGCUAUCAAAAGUUUCACCAGAGAGUACAAACUGUUAAGGAUUUGAUGGAGACAGCUCUGGAAUUUUACAAGCUAGAAAAGAUUGAGCUUGGAGGGAUUCAAGGGAAGCAACUUAGUGCCCAAGUCCAAAACAUUCAUACAGAGUUCCAAGAGCAGUACAAAGUGUUUUCAGAAAAGUCAUAUGACUGUCUGGACACCAAAAGUGAUGAAUUUAUUGUUGACUACAACAGUUUCCUAGAAAAAGUUGCUGACUUUGACAGAAGGAUUGCUACUAUUAUCUGUCAAGGAUUUGAUGACUGCUGUGGGCUUGAGUCUACUUUCAAGCUGAUUGACAUAAUGGGCUCAUUGCUGGAAAGACCAAUGGUCAAGAAGGACUUUGAUGAGAAGUACAUAGUUGUUGUGAACAGAAUGCAUGAGAUGCUUGAUGAAGCCAAGCUGAUGUACGAUAAACAGAUGGCUGUCAAAGAACAAACUGGCAAGCCACCAAUUCAUAAAAAUAUGCCACACAUGACAGGCUGUUUGAAAUGGUCAAAGGAACUGGGUGACCGAAUCACAGCACCAAUGGCCAGUUACAAACGCAUAGAGCAUCCUAUAAUGGCAACAGACCAUGCUCACCUUGUUCUAUCCAAGUAUGAAGAGAUGAUGACACUGUUGGGACAGUGGGACCAGGAGGUUUACGAUAGCUGGACCAAGGGAGUUGAUGAGGCUUGUAACUUUAACCUUAAACAGCCUCUGAUUACAAGGAAUGAAGAAACUAAACUCAUUUCUGUCAACUUUGACCCUCAGCUUGUUGCAGUUUUGCGUGAAGUUAAAUAUUUGGAAAUCCGCGAGAAAGAGGAAGUUCCUAACAGUGCUGGCACAAUGUAUUCCAAGAAUGACACACUUAGAAAGUAUGUUGCUAACCUUGACCUCACAAUGCAGUGGUAUAAUAAGAUCAGAAAUACAGUGCUGGAAGUGGAGUUUCCUUUGAUAGAAACUCAGCUUCAAGAAAUUGACCAACAACUGGAGCAGGCAGAACAUCAACUAAACUGGGAGAGUGAUGGUGUCUGGGAAUAUAUUGAAACAACCAGGGAUAAAGUUCAUGACCUGGAAACUCGUGUUCAGAAAUCCAAAGACAAUGUGGAGGACAUUAAGAAGAUUAUGACUCUUUGGUCGAAGAUCCCACUGUUUGAGCGUAAAGAAGACAAACAUGAUACACUUCUGCAGCAAGACGACAGAGAAGACAGAAUCAACAAGAGAUAUGCUGACAUCAAAUCAGCUGGGGACAAUAUUCAUGCUUUAGUUAAGCAAAAUUUGGAAUAUUUCAAAGCAGAUGAGACCACUGAUAUCUGGAAAGCUUAUGUCGACUACCUGGAUGAAAUGGUUGUGGAUGGUUUCUUCAACACCAUCCGUUGUAGUCUGCAGUUCAUGUUAAGCAAUACAGAUCCCAAGAUGAGUCCGGACCCAUUGUUUGAAGCCAAGCUGGAACUCAAUGUCCCUGAGAUGGUCUUCAUCCCCUCUCUUGAAUUUGGUGCUGCUGAUGGCUUUUAUGAUACUGUUGAUGGCCUAGUGGGAGAUGUUUACAAGCAGGCAUCCCUGAUUCCUCGGCUAGCAACACACUCAGGACAGGAGCACUAUCAGCCUGACCUGGAAGACAUGGAGGAGUUAAGCGGCAUGAGGCAGGAUUUAAUGGACAGGGUACACAACAUCAUGACAAAAGCCACAGAGUACUGCAACUCUUUUAACAACUACGCCUACCUCUGGGAGGAUGACCGCAACGAGUUCAUGCGCCAGUUCUUGCUCUACAACCAUGUACUUACUACUGAAGAAAUUGAAGCACAUGCUGAUGAAGGUGUCCCCGAAAGUCCCCCCACCCUGGCACAGUUUAAGGAACAGAUUGAUACAUAUGAGAAGAUCUAUGAGGAUGCAGUCCACAUCCAAGAUAUAGAACUUUUUGAGUUCUGGUUCCGUGUUGAUGCCAAGCCUUUUAAAAUGUCUUUGUUGAACAUCAUUAAGCGCUGGAGCUUCAUGUUCAAACAACAUCUCAUUGACCAUGUCACAAACAGCUUGAAGAACUUGGCCCAGUUCAUCAAGACAACUGAUGCAGGCCUGACCAAGCCAGUUGCAGAGGGAGACUACCAUGGCUUAGUUGAGGUCAUGGGUUACCUGCUGGCUGUGAGAGAAAGGCAACAAGCAACAGAUGAAAUGUUUGAGCCCCUGAAACAAACCAUUGAGCUUCUGAAAACUUAUAAUCAGGAGAUGCCUGAUGAAGUCCAUGUUCAGCUUCAGGAAUUACCAGAACAGUGGAACAAUACAAAGAAGAUCUCCAUUACUGUUAAACAACAAGUUGCUCCUCUACAAGCCAAUGAAGUUACAAACAUUCGUAAGAAGACCGCCUCCUUUGAUGUGGGUCAAUACAAGUUCAGAGAAGCUUUCAGAGUUAUUCCUCCUUACCGCUAUGACUGUGAGAAACCAUAUGAGCAUCUGGACAUUUAUCAUGAGAAAAUCAAGUCCAUGGAACAAGAGAUGGCAAUGCUGAUGGAAUCAGCUGGCUUGUUUGAAGUUAACAUCCCUGACUUCAAGCAGCUCAAACAGUGUCGCAAGGAAAUCAAACUUUUGAAAACCUUGUGGGACUACAUCAUGAUAGUCCGCAGCAGCAUUGAUGACUGGAAGACAACCCCCUGGAAGGAGAUCAACGUGGAGCAGAUGGAUUUGGAUUGUAAAAAGUUUGCCAAAGACAUCCGAGCUCUGGAUAAAGAGAUGAGGGCCUGGGAUGCUUACACUGGACUGGAGAAUGUUGUGAAGAACAUGUUGACAUCUCUCAGGGCAGUGGGUGAGCUACAGAACCCAGCCAUCAGGGACAGGCAUUGGCAACAGCUCAUGGCAGCUACUAAGGUGAAGUUUGUUAUGGAUGAAAACACAACUCUAGCUGACCUUUUGAACCUUAACCUCCAUAACUACGAGGACGAGGUCAGAAACAUUGUAGACAAAGCCGUCAAGGAAAUGAGCAUGGAGAAAGUGCUGAAAGAGCUGGAUAGCACUUGGUCAACAAUGGAGUUUGAGCAUGAGAAGCACCCCCGCACUGGCAUAACCAUCAUCAAAACUUCUGAGGAACUGAUUGAAACACUAGAGGACAACCAGGUGCAGCUGCAGAACAUGAUGACGUCCAAGUACAUCGCCCAUUUCCUGCAGGAGGUUUCCCAGUGGCAGAAGAAGCUGUCCACGGCUGACCAGGUCAUCUCCAUCUACAUGGAGGUCCAGAGGACGUGGUCCCAUCUUGAGUCUAUUUUCAUUGGCUCUGAGGACAUCAGGAAACAGCUGCCAGAGGACUCAAAAAGAUUUGACGGCAUUGACACUGAUUUCAAGGAGUUGGUCAGCAAAGUUGAGAAAACUAAAAAUGUUGUAGACUCAACUAAUCAGCCCAAUCUGUAUGAAAAACUAGAAGCUUUACAAGGCCAGCUGUCACUCUGUGAAAAGGCUUUAGCCGAGUAUUUGGAAACCAAGCGUCUGGCUUUCCCCAGAUUUUACUUCGUGUCAUCAGCUGAUUUACUUGACAUUUUGUCCAAUGGCAAUGAUCCAGUCAUUGUUGCCCGUCACUUGACCAAACUUUUUGACUCGCUGGCUAAACUCAAGUUUGAGGAGGACAAGGAUGGCAAGGCCAUAAAAAAUGCUCUGGGCAUGUACAGCAAAGAUGGAGAGUACGUUGACCUGAACAGCCCAUGUGACCUCAACGGUCAGGUUGAGACCUGGCUCAACCGACUGUUGGAGGCAAUGAAGGCAACAGUACGACAUGAGAUGACGGAAGCCGUCGCUGGCUAUGAAGAAAAACCCAGAGACCAAUGGCUCUUUGACUACCCUGCACAGGUGGCGCUGUGUGGCACUCAGAUCUGGUGGACCACCGAGGUCAACAUAGCAUUUGGUAGACUGGAGGAAGGCUAUGAAAACGCUCUCAAAGACUACAACAAGAAGCAGGUUUCACAGCUGAACGCUCUAAUCACUAUGCUGCUAGGCGACCUCUCCAGUGGUGACCGCCAGAAAAUCAUGACCAUUUGUACCAUUGACGUGCAUGCUAGGGAUGUUGUUGCAAAGAUGAUCACACAGAAGGUUGACAGUUCCCAGGCUUUCCUCUGGUUGUCCCAGCUCAGACAUAGAUGGGAUGACAAUGAAAGGGACUGCUUUGCCAACAUUUGUGAUGCCCAGUUUCGCUACUCCCAUGAGUACUUGGGUAACACACCUCGUCUAGUCAUCACACCACUAACUGACAGAUGCUACAUCACCUUGACCCAGUCCCUCCAUUUGAUCAUGUCUGGUGCACCAGCAGGACCUGCUGGAACAGGAAAAACUGAAACUACCAAAGAUUUAGGACGUGCACUUGGAAUUAUGGUCUACGUGUUCAACUGCUCAGAGCAAAUGGACUACAAGUCCAUUGGAAACAUCUACAAAGGUCUAGCCCAGUCUGGAUCAUGGGGCUGCUUUGAUGAGUUCAACCGUAUUGCAGUAGAAGUCUUGUCUGUGGUUGCUGUCCAGGUCAAGACCAUUCAAGAUGCAAUCAAAGAUAAGAAAAAAAGAUUUAACUUCCUUGGUGAAGAAAUUUCUCUGCUGCCAUCUGUAGGAAUUUUCAUCACAAUGAAUCCUGGUUAUGCUGGCCGUACUGAGUUGCCAGAAAACCUCAAAGCUUUGUUCAGGCCAUGUGCUAUGGUUGUUCCUGACUUUGAGUUGAUUUGUGAGAUCAUGUUGGUGGCUGAAGGUUUCAUUGAUGCCCGUCUGCUGGCCAGGAAGUUCAUCACUUUGUACAGCUUGUGCAAAGAGCUACUCUCUAAACAGGACCAUUAUGAUUGGGGUCUCCGAGCUAUUAAGUCUGUGCUUGUUGUGGCUGGUGCCUUGAAAAGAAGUGAUCGUGGACGACCAGAAGAUCAGGUCUUGAUGAGGGCCUUGCGUGACUUCAACAUCCCCAAGAUUGUCAUGGAUGACAUGCCAGUCUUCAUGGGUCUCAUUGGUGAUCUUUUCCCAGCUCUUGAUGUUCCCAGGAAGCGUAACAUGGACUUUGAGAAACAGAUUCGCCAGGCCACACAUGACCAGAAACUGCAGCCAGAGGAGAACUUUAUCCUCAAGAUUGUUCAACUUCAAGAGUUGCUGGAUGUCAGGCACUCUGUGUUCAUAUUGGGAAAUGCUGGCACAGGAAAGAGCAAGGUCUGGAACACAUUACAGAGGACAUACAAAAACAUGAACCGCAAGCCCAUUGCCAUUGACCUUGACCCGAAAGCUGUGACCAAUGAUGAACUCUUUGGUGUCAUCAACCCAGCCACCAGAGAAUGGAAAGAUGGUCUUUUCUCAGUCAUCAUGAGAGACCUUGCCAACAUGUCAGGUGAUGGACCAAAAUGGAUUGUACUGGAUGGUGACAUUGACCCCAUGUGGAUUGAGUCUCUAAAUACUGUCAUGGAUGACAACAAAGUGCUGACCCUGGCCAGUAAUGAGCGCAUCCCCCUCACCCCCUCCAUGAGACUUAUCUUUGAGAUCAGCCAUCUGAGGACUGCCACACCUGCUACAGUAUCCAGGGCUGGUAUCCUUUAUGUCAACCCACAGGAUCUGGGUUGGAACCCAUAUGUUCAGAGCUGGAUAGACACAAGAGAAGUCCAGUCUGAACGUGCCAACUUGACCAUCCUCUUUGACAAGUAUGUUCCCAUGUGCCUGGAGCAGCUCAGGACUCGCUUCAAGAAGAUCACACCCAUUGCGGAAAUCGCCCAUGUCCAGAUGCUGUGCUACCUGCUGGAAGUGUCCUUGACCCCUGAGAAUACACCCCCAGAUUGUCCAAAAGAACUCUAUGAGCUCUACUUUGUCUUUGCUUGUGUUUGGGCUUUUGGUGGUGCCAUGUUCCAAGAUCAGCUGGUAGACUACAGAGUGGAGUUUACAAAAUGGUGGGUCACAGAUUUCAAGACCAUCAAGUUCCCCUCCACUGGCACAGUGUUUGACUACUACAUUGACCCAGAGACCAAAAAGUUUGAGCCAUGGACCAAGAAGGUUCCCAAGUUUGAGUAUGAUCCAGAGAUUCCACUGCAGGCAACACUUGUCCACACAUUGGAGUCCAUCAGAGUCAAAUACUUCCUGGACUUGCUGGUAGAAACCAAACGCCCUGUCAUGCUUGUGGGCAAUGCUGGAACAGGAAAGACUGUCCUAAUGCAGGACAAGCUGAACAACCUGAGUGAAGAUUUUAUGGUGACCAACGUCCCAUUCAACUUCUACACCACUAGUGAGAUGCUUCAGAGAAUUUUGGAGAAACCACUGGAGAAAAAAGCUGGCCGUAACUUUGGUCCACCUGGAGCUCGUCGCUUGAUUUACUUUGUUGAUGACAUGAACAUGCCAGAGGUGGACAAGUACUACACUGUCCAGCCCCACACAAUCAUCAGGCAACACAUUGACCAUGGACACUGGUACGACAGGUCUAAACUAACAUUGAAGGACAUCCACAACACACAGUAUGUUUCAUGCAUGAACCCCACAGCAGGCAGCUUCACAAUUGACUCUCGUUUACAGCGCCACUUCUGUGUGUUUGCCAUGAGCUUCCCUAAUCAAGAUGCCCUCUUCACCAUCUACACAAGCAUCUUGUCCCAGCAUCUGGCUCAAUGCAACUUUGCUGGACCAGUCCAGAAAUUCACCAACAACUUGGUGAAUGGAGCUUUGAGCAUGCAGGCAAAGAUCACAACAACCUUCUUGCCUACUGCUAUCAAGUUCCACUACGUGUUCAAUCUGAGAGACAUGUCCAACAUCUUCCAGGGUUUGCUGUUUUCCCAGAGUGAUUGCUGUAAAGCUCCAGCCGAUCUUGUCCGUCUUUGGCUACAUGAAGCCGAUCGAGUGUACAGGGACAAGUUGAUUGAUGAAAAAGAUCUGGAGACAUUUGACAAACUAAAGAAAGAAGUUGUGAAGAAGUCAUUUGAGGAAAUGCCAGAAGAUGUGAUAUUCAAGCAGCCACUCCUAUACAGUCACUUUGCUAGUGGCAUUGGAGAUCCCAAGUAUCUACCAGUGGAAAGCUGGAGCAGUGUCAACAAAGUCUUGCUGGAAGCUCUGGACAACUACAAUGAGCUGAACGCUGCCAUGAACCUGGUGCUCUUUGAGGAUGCCAUGUCACACAUCUGCCGCAUCAACAGAAUCCUCGAGUCCCCUCGUGGAAAUGCCCUCCUUAUCGGAGUUGGUGGCAGCGGUAAACAGUCCUUGUCACGUCUUGCUGCUUCUAUCAGUGGACUUGAAGUUUUCCAGAUCACCCUGAGAAAAGGUUAUGCUAUUCCUGAUCUAAAAUUGGACCUUGCUGCCCUCUACCGGAAGUCUGGUGUUAAAGGGAUUGGAGUGAUGUUCCUAAUGACUGAUGCCCAAGUAGCAGAGGAAAGGUUUUUGGUGCUCAUCAACGACUUGCUGGCAUCUGGUGAGAUUCCAGAUCUGUUUGCUGAUGAUGAAGUGGAAGAGAUCCUUAGUGCUGUGAGGAAUGAGGUCAAAGGUCUGGGCAUGGAGGACACCAGGGAAAAUUGUUGGAGAUUUUUCAUUGACAGGGUUCGUCGAGUGUUAAAGGUUGUUUUGUGCUUCUCUCCUGUGGGCUCCACUUUACGUGUCAGAAGCAGAAAAUUCCCAGCAGUCACCAACUGUACCUCAAUAGAUUGGUUCCACGAGUGGCCAGAAGAGGCCCUUAAAUCUGUCAGUGCCAGAUUUUUGGAGGAUGUUGAGCUACUACAGCCAGAAAUGAGGGAAUCCAUUUCUCAGUUCAUGUCAUAUGUUCAUAAAUCUGUGAACGAAGUGUCACAACAGUUUUUGACCAAUGAACGACGCUACAACUACACAACACCAAAAUCUUUCUUGGAGCAGAUCAAACUUUACCAGAAUCUGCUCACAAAGAAGAACUCAGAUCUGCAGGCAAGCAUCAUCCGUCUGGAAAAUGGUCUUGAGAAGCUAAGGAGUACAGCAUCACAGGUAGAUGAUCUGAAAGCCAAACUGGCAUCACAAGAGGUGGAACUGGCCAUCAAAAACGACGAUGCCAACAAACUAAUUCAGAUUGUCGGUGCUGAAACAGAGAAAGUGACCAAAGAAAAAGCAAUAGCUGAUGAGGAGGAGAAAAAAGUUACAGUUAUUACUGCUGAAGUAGAGGUCAAGGCCAGAGACUGUGAAAAUGAUCUGGCUAAAGCUGAACCUGCUCUUGCUGCUGCUAAAGAAGCCUUGAACACAUUGAAUAAGAACAACUUGACUGAAUUAAAGUCUUUUGGUACCCCACCUGGCGCUGUCACCAAUGUCACAGCAGCUGUCAUGUGUCUGCUUGCUCCUGGUGGAAAAGUUCCGAAAGACAAAUCCUGGAAAGCAGCCAAAGCUAGCAUCAUGGCUAAAAUUGACCAGUUUUUGGACAAUCUUAUCAACUAUGACAAAGACAACAUCCAUGAAAAUUGCUUGAAAGCAGUGCAGCCAUAUUUGGCAGAUCCUGAAUUUGAGCCUGAAUUCAUCAGAGCCAAAUCAUUUGCUGCUGCUGGUCUGUGUUCAUGGGCUGUGAACAUUGUAAGGUACUAUGAAGUUUACUGUACUGUGGAGCCCAAACGUAUUGCCCUGAAUCAAGCCAAUGCAGAACUUCAAGCGGCCAGAGAUAAACUAAAGGUCAUUAAAAAUAAAGUGGCAGACCUAGAGGAGACCCUAGCUCGCUGCAAGGCAGAGUUUGAAGAGGCCACCAAUGAGAAACUGCGUUGCCAACAGGAAGCUGAAACAACUGCUAAAACUAUAGAACUGGCCAACAGACUUGUUGGUGGGCUGGCCUCAGAGAAUGUCAGGUGGGCCGAGGCCAUUUCAAACUUCCGUAUCAAUGAGAAAACACUUCCUGGAGAUGUUCUCAUGACCACAGCUUUUGUUUCCUAUGUUGGAUCAUUCACAAAGCCAUACAGAUUGGAUUUGAUUGAGAACCACUGGCUACCCUUCCUGAAAGGACUAAAGAGUCCAAUCCCAGUCUCAGAGGGUCUGGAUCCACUCAGUCUCCUUAUUGAUGAUGCACUUGUUGCAUCAUGGAACAAUGAAGGUUUGCCAGGAGAUAGAAUGUCCACAGAGAAUGCCACAAUCCUCACCAACUGUGAGAGAUGGCCUUUGAUGAUUGAUCCCCAGCUUCAGGGUGUCAAGUGGAUUAAAACAAGAUUUGGAGCUGAUUUGAAGGUGAUUCGACUUGGUGUGAAAGGGUAUCUGGAGUCCAUUGAAAGGGCAGUCCAGGCUGGGGAUGUUGUACUUUUGGAGAACAUUGAAGAGAACGUUGACCCAGUGCUUGACCCACUUCUUGGACGUAACACUAUUAAAAAGGGCCGUUACAUCAAGAUGGGAGACAAAGAAGUUGAAUACCACAAAGAUUUUAAGCUGAUUUUACAAACUAAAUUGGCCAAUCCUCACUACAAGCCUGAGAUGCAAGCUCAGACAACUCUGAUUAACUUCACUGUUACCAGAGAUGGCCUUGAGGAUCAACUUCUCGGAGCUGUCGUAUCCAAAGAAAGGCCUGACCUUGAAAAACUUAAAUCAGACCUCACUCGCCAACAAAAUGAAUUCAAAAUUACUCUCAAAGGCCUGGAAGACAACUUGUUGGCCAGACUUUCAGCUGCCGAGGGCAACUUCCUGGGUGACUAUGCUCUGGUGGAGAACCUUGAAACCACCAAAAGAACUGCAGCAGAGAUAGAGGUAAAGGCAGCAGAAGCAAAGAUCACAGAGGUGGAGAUCAACAAUGCCCGUGAGAACUACAGAACAGCAGCUGCAAGAGCCUCGUUGUUGUACUUCAUCAUGAAUGACCUUCACAAAAUCAAUCCCAUGUACCAGUUUUCUCUGAAGGCUUUCAGUGUAGUUUUUGACAAAGCCAUAGACAAAGCUGAGCCAGCAGAGGACCUCAAGCACAGGGUGAACAACCUGAUUGACUGCAUCACAUACUCUGUUUAUGUGUACACCACAAGAGGUCUGUUUGAGAAGGACAAACUCAUCUUCAGUACUCAGAUGACAUUCUUGAUUCUAUUGAAAGGGAAACAACUCAAUCCAGUGGAGUUGGACUUUUUGCUUCGUUUCCCCUUUGUGCCCAACUUGACUUCUCCUGUAGACUUCUUAAAUAACAACUCAUGGGGAGGAAUCAAGGCUUUAUCCGCCAUGGAAGAAUUCAGAAACCUGGAUCGCGAUAUUGAAGGCUCAGCCAAACGUUGGAAGAAAUUUGUUGAGAGUGAGUGCCCUGAAAAAGAAAAGUUCCCACAAGAAUGGAAAAACAAGACCUCACUGCAGAAAUUGUGCAUGAUGCGUGCACUAAGACCUGACAGGAUGACAUAUGCCAUAACAAACUUCAUUGAAGAGAUGCUGGGCAAUAAAUAUGUUGAAGGAAGGGCACUUGAGUUUGCCAAAUCUUUUGAGGAAUCAGGUCCUGCCACUCCGAUAUUCUUCAUUCUCUCCCCUGGUGUUGACCCACUUAAGGAUGUUGAAAGUCUGGGCAAGAAACUUGGCUUCACCACUGACAACAGUAAUUUCCAUAACAUCUCCCUGGGUCAAGGUCAGGAAAUUGUGGCUGAACAAGCCAUGGACUUGGCUGCAAAAGAAGGACAUUGGGUCGUCUUGCAGAAUGUCCAUCUGGUUGCUAAGUGGCUGUCACAGCUGGAGAAGAAGAUUGAAGAAUUUUCAGCUGACGGCCAUGAGAAGUACAGGCUGUUUAUCAGUGCUGAGCCUGCUGGCAGUCCUGAUGCUCACAUCAUUCCACAAGGCAUUUUGGAGUCUGCUAUCAAAAUCACCAAUGAACCUCCAACUGGAAUGUACGCUAACCUGCACAAGGCUUUAGACAACUUCAAUCAGGAUACCCUGGAGAUGUGUGCUCGUGAGACAGAGUUCAAGGCUAUUCUGUUUGCCCUGUGCUACUUCCAUGCUGUGGUGUGUGAGAGAAGAAAGUUUGGACCUCAGGGCUGGAACAGGGUCUACCCUUACAACACUGGUGACCUGACCAUUAGUGUCAAUGUCCUCUACAACUACCUGGAGGCCAAUGCCAAGGUGCCCUGGGAAGAUCUUCGCUACCUGUUUGGUGAGAUUAUGUAUGGUGGCCACAUCACAGAUGACUGGGACAGAAGGUUGUGUAGGACUUACCUGGAGGUCUACAUGCAUGCUGACAUGCUGGAUGCCGAAUUGUUUUUAGCCCCCAAUUUCCCAAUCCCACCCAACUCUGACUACAAGGGCUACCAUGCUUAUAUUGAUGAGACCCUGCCCCCAGAGAGCCCAUACCUGUAUGGACUUCACCCCAAUGCAGAGAUAGAGUUUUUGACCACAACGUCUGAAAACCUCUUCAGAACAGUGUUUGAAAUGCAGCCAAGAGACGCUGGUGCUGGCGCAGGUGCUGGUGUCAGUCGAGAAGAAAAGGUCAAGGCUAUAUUGGAUGAAAUAGUUGAGAAACUUCCAGACGAAUUCAACAUGCAGGAGAUAAUGGCUAAAGUGCCAAUUGAAGAUAGAAGCCCCUAUGUUGUGGUGGCCUUCCAAGAAUGUGAAAGAAUGAAUAUGCUAAUGUCUGAAAUGAGAAGAUCUCUCAAGGAGCUGGACUUGGGUCUGAAGGGUGAACUGACAAUCACAGCUGAUAUGGAGGACCUGAGCAACAGUUUGUACAUGGACAAUGUACCAGCCAACUGGGCAAAGAGAGCCUAUCCUUCACUGUUCCCCCUGGCAGCUUGGUAUGCAGAUCUUCUGCAAAGAAUCAAAGAGCUGGAAACCUGGACAUCUGAUUUCCAGCUUCCAGCAGCAGUCUGGCUGGCAGGUUUCUUCAAUCCUCAAAGUUUCCUUACAGCUAUCAUGCAGCAAAUGGCCCGCAAGAACGAAUGGCCACUCGAUCGCAUGUGCUUACAGUGUGAUGUAACAAAGAAGUCCAGAGAGGACAUGGCUGGACCUCCAAGAGAGGGCGCCUACGUCCACGGCCUCUACAUGGAAGGUGCUCGCUGGGACAUGCAGACAGGUAUGAUAGGAGAGGCUCGUCUCAAGGAGCUGGCUCCAGCCAUGCCAGUUAUAUUUAUCAAAGCCAUUCCAGUCGAUCGUCAAGAUCUGCGAGCUGUGUAUGAAUGCCCUGUGUAUAAGACCAAGGCAAGAGGUCCAACUUUUGUAUGGACCUUCAACCUCAAGUCCAAAGAGAAGGCUAGCAAGUGGGUCCUGGGAGGUGUGGCCCUUCUCUUACAGGUCUAAUUACAACCUGGCUGGAUUGGUAUUAUACAUUUUUUUACAACUGCUUUGUUACAAAUAGCUAAGUGUUGCAUCUAAAAGGAUGUUUCAAAAUAAUAAUUCUACUUAAUUUGUUGUGAAUAUUAAUUUGUAUUUCUAAAAAAAAAUAUUCUAAAUAGGCCCCUAAUCAUUGAAUUGCAAUUUUUGUCAUGUUAGGUAAAUAGUAAGAUUUUUCAGUCUAUGUAAUGUUUGAACACGUAAUCUGCUGUUGAAAGUUGAUUUAAUCUCAAAUUAUUUUUUAUGUCUAUUUAUAUUAUUUUGAAUACUAUUUUUUAAGAAAAAUGUGUGUAAAAUUAUUUUUAUGUUCUUAAUUUUAUUGUAAUGAUUUGCUGUAAUUUUUUUUUAAUGUAUGUUAUAUCUGAAUGUUUGUAUGCCAUUUUACAGCAGAGUGAAAAAAAUUCCAUCCAUUAACUUCAUAUUGUGACGUCAAAAUGUGAUAUCCGAUAACCUUCGUUAAUAGUUUUAAUGUAUGUUAAGUGCAAGGUUAUUAUAAAUUCAUACAUCAACAUUGUGAUAAUGCAACAAACUGAAAAUUGUAUGAACGCUGCAAUAAAGAUUAUUAAAU